AAAAAGAAAUGAGAGACGAAGACCCAGCUACUACUCUCAUUCGUUCUUCUUCUGGUCCUCUCUCUCUCUCUCUAAAAGCUCGUUUCUUUGUGCGUUAACCGGAGUCGGGCCACAACAGCCGUUCAAUCCACCUUGGCUACUCGAUCUCGUUGUUUGUGCUGUUCAAUAAGACUCCGCCAUCGGAAUCGCGUAAUCAAGCCCUUUCGAUCGAGGAUUUUGGUCACGAGUUCAUGGUGAUGGUGAAGAAGUAAGAAAAACGUUGAAGGUUGUGCUGAUCUUGUAGGCAAAAUGUUGGAGGCACCAAAAUUUACGGGAAUUAUAGGCCUAAAUAACCACCAUGACAAUUUUGAUCUCUCGCAAGGGUUUUACCAUAAGCUUGGGGAGGGGUCCAACAUGUCAAUUGAUAGUUUUGGUAGCUUGCCAAUGACCGAUGGUGGAGGCUCCGUUGCAAUGUCAGUUGAUAACAGUAGUGUCGGAUCAAAUGGUUCUCACACUCUCUUUUUAAGACACCAAGGUCGUGUUAACAACAGCUACUCUAUCGCUCAGAGUGUUAAUCGCGGGAGAGUCGCUCAUGGUCUAAGUGAUGAUGCUCUAGCUCAAGCUCUAAUGGACCCACGCGUUCAGACAGAGGGUCUUGAUAAUUUCGACGAGUGGACACUUGAUUUGAGGAGGCUUAACAUGGGUCCAGCUUUUGCACAGGGAGCUUUUGGGAAGCUCUACAGAGGUACUUACAAUGGUGAGGAUGUUGCUAUUAAGCUUUUGGAGAGGCCAGAAAAUGACCUAGAGAGGGCACAGUUGAUGGAGCAACAGUUUCAGCAGGAAGUCAUGAUGCUGGCGACAUUAAGGCAUCCAAACAUAGUUCGCUUUAUUGGUGCAUGUCGUAAACCCAUGGUGUGGUGUAUAGUGACAGAAUAUGCAAAGGGAGGUUCAGUUAGGCAGUUUUUGAUAAAGCGGCAGAAUCGAGCUGUACCUUUGAAAUUGGCUGUGAAGCAGGCCUUGGACGUCGCUAGAGGGAUGGAAUAUGUUCAUGGGCUUGGUUUGAUCCACCGUGAUUUGAAGUCUGACAAUCUGCUUAUAUCGGCAGACAGAUCGAUAAAGGUUGCUGAUUUUGGGGUGGCUCGUAUUGAGGUCCAGACUGAAGGCAUGACACCAGAGACCGGAACAUACCGCUGGAUGGCUCCGGAGAUGAUCCAGCACAGGCCUUACACACAGAAGGUCGAUGUCUACAGCUUUGGCAUUGUUCUGUGGGAACUUAUCACAGGAAUGCUUCCCUUCCAAAACAUGACAGCUGUGCAAGCGGCAUUUGCAGUGGUGAACAAGGGUGUCCGUCCUAUCAUCCCCAACGAUUGCCUCCCUGUUCUCUGCGAGAUCAUGACCCGUUGUUGGGAUGGUAACCCCAAUAUCCGGCCCCACUUCACUGAGGUAGUCAGGAUGCUUGAAAUUGCAGAGACUGAAAUAAUGACAACUGUCCGGAAAGCCCGUUUCAGGUGCUGCAUCGGCCAACCUAUGACAAUGGAUUGAUGCUGCAGAGGAGGAGAACCGGAUUGUGGUACUGACAGAGAACUAGAAAAGGAGAAAAAAAGAAGUAAAAACAGAAAAGGUUAUUUUAUGUCAGCCUCUCAAGCAUCUACCGGAUUAAUUUCUUUUGGGUAGAUAUAAAGGGGAAGUUAUGAUAAGAACUGCUUGUUUUGCAUUUUUUUUCUUAAGGAUUAAUGGUGAUGAACUAGUUGUAAUAGAGGAUAUUUGAUGUGUAUUUAUACAUGCAUUUUUCAUGCUA